AUGGAUUACAACUCGAUAAAUCAAACACUUCGAACACUGCGGAAUCAACAGAGAAAGUUGGAUAUUGAAACAGGAAUUCAGUAUGUCACAACUUUAAAGCGUUCGAUCCUGGGUAGCAGUGAGCUUGCUAAAGUUAGCUCAUUGAUUGUCUUAGCUAAGGCUAUGCAAUAUUUACCGAAGUCCGAUCGUCUCUUCUCAUUAUUUGAUUCUAAACUUUUCAGUGCACUUUUCGGCGUUUUAGCAAAAGCCAACGUUGCUCCAGAACCUUACAAUGCUGUUCUUGUGAUCUGUACUUCAUUUUUGACUGGAUCAUUGGCCAAGAACCGUACUGCAAGCAUGUACGAUUCUCUGCUCUGGACUAUUUGCGAGAGCAACUCGAUUUUUGACAGUCUAGCAUCUCAUUUAAGCGACCAGAACGUUGGAGUGUCAUCAACAAUCUCUGAUUUUAUCUCGCAGAUUCUUUAUCGGAGUUUUCAGUUAGGAGAUGCUUCAAUAAUUAUACACGAGGUAAAAUGCCUCAUGGAAUGCCAUUUCUUUGAUUCAAUUUCCUCCUUACCGUAUGAUUUCAAGGCACACAUGGAUUCAAUACCUUCUCUUAAGAAGUCGUCUAUGCUUAUUUUGCAUUUUUUGAUAAAUUCAUCGCUAAAGUCGGAUGUUUUCUCUCCUUUAACAAAUGAGAGUAUUAUUUCGAUGUCUCGAAUGAUGUCUGAAUGCGGAUCUGGUGAGGGGAAAACGUCUACUAGAGGAGAACAAUCUGGAUUGCAUAAUGCUUCCAUUCAGAAUGCUGCUACUGCAGACUAUGUCAAAAUUGGUCUUGACACUUCGACAGAUCUCCCAAAUUACAUACAAAGUCAUUUUACACCAGCCUGUGCAUUGGACCUGAUUUACAUGCUGAAAAGCCCUAACAUGACAUUCAAAAAGAAUUUUUCUGAACACACAAUGUUUGCAGAUCAGCGUACAUACUUCCCUUUGAUGAGAUUUGCAAUUGCUAUCACGAAUCAACUUGCAAGGAUCGACACAGAAAGGUACCCUGGAUUUUCUUUAGUGGUUCCAUACUUUAACAGUGAUUUGUACUAUAGCUUUAUGUCAUGUGCAUUAAAGUUUUGGAUGCUCUCUAAGGCAGAGGAUGAUGAUUUUGAUCGUGUCCUAAAGCUAGUUCCAACACUUGUUUCUUAUUGUGACAAUAUUCUACGUUCGCAACCGUAUUAUACGUUAAAUGAACGUCUUUUGAAGCUUAAAUAUUCAGAUCUUAAGAAGUUCCAGCUUAAGCAACUGGAAUCAGAUAAGCUAACUUACUGGAGCAGUUCGUUGUUGAGCUUCAAUAAGGAAUUGAAUAAGCAAGUGUUGGAAUUUGUUAGAAAUCAACGUUUCUUUGAGCUCUCUAAGGGUUCUUGGGUGUACAUAAAUAACCCUCUUGAUUCACGACCUCAACAAGGAAAGCCAGUGUACUACUUUUUGACACUCUCUUCCAAUAACAGAUCGCUUGUUUACAAGGAAUUUACUAGAAAGCAUGCACACCGACCAAAUAUUGAUAAGGAUGGUGCUAUUAUAGAAUUUAAGAACGUUACCAGAGUUGACUAUAAGAAGAAGAAUGAAGACUUUACUGCUCAUAAUUUAAUUACGAUAUCGUCAAGGUUAAAGGUUAGCCAAAUUAGUAUGUAUACCGACAAGGGAUCAGUCUUUGACUUCUAUGUUGACACCGAAGGUAAACUUUUCUCGUGGUUGGAUGGCUUGAGAAUGUUGAUGGAUGAUAAUUCGGCACUAUCUAAAGAUACCACUAAUCAAAUAGACAUUUUGAAAGAUAUUCGAACUAAGAUCCAGCUUCUUGACUUGGAAGAUUCUCAAGAAACUGAAAAACUUCGGCAGAAGCCGGUCCCAACCUUCGAACCAGUGGAACUUCAGCAAAUCGCCUCAGGUUUUUAUUUUGAAUAG